GUCGGAAUGAUAUGUCUUUACAGGAAAACAAUAACAUACAAGGUUCACAACCAAGCACAUGACUCUCGAGUCUGAGAAACCCGUGGAGAUCUGUGUUCAACACUCUGUUGAACGACGUUGCAUCACCAGAGGAGUGUCCGCCAUGGCCGCCCUGGCUGCCUGUUUGGUCCAAGCGGAGGCCGCCAGCCUGGGCCUGUUUGGGCGGGCAGGCCGCGAGGCUGCCUUUGAACGGCGCACUGGUAAUGGUGCCUGCGCUCCGCCAGCAGGCAAUGCUGCGGGGGGGUGGGCCACAGCCAGCACGCCGCAGCCAGCGUUCACACAGUGCUCCCUCCCUAGCAGCAGCACCUUUCUCUCCGGCACCAUUCUGCCACGCGUCACUCAUGCAGCGGGUCAGCGGCAGCGAUGGCGCAGGCGAGGGCACGGGGUGGUGGCGUCGGUGGCAGUCGAGGAGGAGCUGGUGAUUGAGCCCAUCCGCAGCAUUGAGGGCACCGUGAAGCUGCCCGGCUCCAAGUCCCUGUCCAACCGCCUGCUCCUAAUGGCCGCCCUCGCGCAGGGUCGCACGCGCGUGGAGAACUUGCUGGACAGCGACGACGUGCGCUACAUGCUGGGGGCGCUCACCGCGCUGGGAAUUGAACUGCAUGAGACGCGCCAGGAGAACCGCGUGGAGGUCACCGGCUGCGGGGGGGUCUUCCCGGUGGCCAAACAGACUGCGGCGGAGGGCGAGGCUGCGCCGGCAGUGGAGCUGUUCCUGGGCAACGCCGGGACUGCCAUGCGCCCGCUCACUGCCGCUGUGGCCGUCGCCGGGGGGCACAGGAGGUACGUGCUGGACGGCGUGCGGCGCAUGCGCGAGCGGCCCAUCCUGGACCUGGUGGCCGGCCUGCGCCAGCUGGGCGCAGACGUGCACAUGCUGCUCGGGACCAGCGGGCCGCCCGUGGAGGUGAACGCCAAGGGGGGGCUCCCGGGAGGCAAGGUGGGCCUCAGCGGUGCAGUGAGCAGCCAGUACCUGACGGCGCUGCUGAUGGCGGCCCCGUUGGCGGCGGGGGACACGCGCAUUGAGAUUGUGGACCAGCUGGUGUCAGUGCCGUACGUGGACAUGACGCUCAAGCUCAUGAGCAGGUUUGGGGUGGAGGUGGAGCGCGACCCCGCCUGGCGCUGGUUUCAGGUGCGCGGCGGCCAGCAGUACACGUCGCCCGCCACCGUGUAUGUGGAGGGGGACGCGUCCAGCGCCUCCUACUUCCUGGCGGGGGCCGCAGCCACGGGGGGAACCGUCACCGUGGAGGGCUGCGGGGCAGACAGCCUCCAGGGCGACAUCGGAUUUGCGGGCGUGUUGGAGCAGAUGGGCGCCCACGUGGAGAUGACGCCGCACAGCGUGACUGUGACGGGGGCGCCGGUGAACCCCGCAACGGGGCGGCGGCUGCGCGGGAUUGACAUCGACAUGAACGCAAUGCCGGACGUAGCCAUGACGCUGGCCGUGCUCGGCCUGUUCGCCGACGGGCCUGUAGCCAUCAGGAACGUGGCCAAUUGGCGGGUCAAGGAGACAGAACGCAUGAUCGCCAUCUGCACGGAGCUGCGCAAGCUGGGCGCCACGGUGGAGGAGGGCCUCGACUUCUGCAUCGUGCACGCGCCGGGCGCGGUGGUGCCUGCCGCCAUCGACACAUACGACGACCACCGCAUGGCCAUGGCCUUCUCGCUGGCAGCGUGCGGGGACGCGCGCGUCACCAUCCGAGACCCCAAGUGCACGCGCAAGACCUUCCCGGACUACUUCGACGUCCUGGCCAGUGUGACCAGGCGGUGACACGACUUAAAAGGGCUCGCCAUCCGUUGGUUGCUUUGCCGCCCGUCUGUGUUUGAAUGACGGGCACUACAAACUGUUUGCCAAUGUUGAAGGACGACUUGAGGUAGAUGACUGCUUGAGCGGACGAAGGGCAAGGGCUGGAAAACCCGUAAGCUCUCAAGCUUAUGACUCGAGAAGCUGAAGGUUGGGGUGCAGUUGAUAUAAGCAGCUAAGACCGUGCUGCUGUACUUGAAUACGUCCGAGGUCAUUUCAAAGCCAUGUCUUGAUAAACGGAGCUGCCAAUUUUCCUUAAUCUAUAUGGCACGACCCACUGUACACAAAUUAUCUUGGAACACGCUGUUGACACAUC